GAGUCUCCAGAAGAUGUGGAAUCCUUUGCAUCCAUGCUGAGACACUCUCCUCUUAUACAGAUGGGACCUGCCAAAGAUAAACUGGUCAUUGGAAGAAUCUUUCACGUUGUGGAGAAUGAUCUUUACAUAGAUUUUGGUGCCAAGUUCCAUUGUGUGUGUAAAAGACCAGAAGUGGAUGGAGAGAAAUACCAGAAAGGAACGAGAGUCCGGCUGCGGCUCUUAGAUCUUGAGCUCACUUCUAGGUUCCUGGGAGCAACCACAGACACGACCAUCCUGGAGGCCAACGCAGUUCUCUUAGGACUCCAGGACAGCAGAGCCACCAAACCUAAAGAGGAACGUCCCGAAGAAGAAGUGAAGUUUGCUUAGUGCAUUCACUCCUUUGUGGAGCGCAGAUUUUCAGCAGGAAUGUGACUAGAAAAUUGUGCAUAAACGAUUGAAGAGGAUGUAAUAAAUGAAAACUGUAAUUGUA